AUGAAUCGGUGUGAUAGUAAUGUAAGCAAUAUAAAAAAAGAGUCCGAGAAGAUAACUGCUGGUAUUUAUCAAAAUUUAGAAGGAGCCAAAAUGAAUAACAAUCUAAAAAUUGGUGAAGUGAGAUGGACUCCUAAACAGUUAAUGUUUACAGUCUCUUUUGUGAAAUCAGUGGCACAUCACGAUGAUGAUGAUGAUGAUGAUGAGGAGGAGGAGCAUGAGGAGAAUGGCAAUGAAUGGUGUUAA